AACGCAGAGAGGUUUCUCGUUCUCCACUCUUUUAAGAGCUCUCAAGUCUGAACUGAACUCUCCAGAGAAAGAGAAGACACUCGAGCCUACGCAUAUUUUCGCCACUUCAGUCCUCUCGCUCUACUCACUCACCUAACAGUCGUCGCUCCUGCCGGAGCCGACCGAAUUCGAUCCGAUCUAGGGUUUUGUUUUGCUUUUCUGCUUCGCCAUUUCAUUUUCUAAAUUAAUUAUUAAUUAUGGCGAUUACAUCCCAGACUCCUGAUAUUUCCGGCGAACGGCAAUCUGGCCAGGAUGUCCGCACUCAAAACGUAAUGGCGUGCCAAGCUGUUGCGAACAUCGUCAAGUCUUCGCUUGGUCCUGUUGGCCUGGACAAGAUGCUUGUGGAUGAUAUUGGUGAUGUCACAAUUACUAAUGAUGGUGCCACUAUACUGAAAAUGCUUGAAGUUGAGCAUCCUGCUGCGAAGGUUCUUGUUGAGUUGGCAGAACUGCAAGACCGAGAAGUCGGAGAUGGAACAACUUCUGUGGUUAUCAUAGCUGCAGAAUUGCUUAAGAGAGCUAAUGAUUUAGUGAGAAAUAAGAUUCAUCCAACAUCAAUAAUCAGUGGAUACAGACUUGCCAUGAGGGAAGCAUGCAAAUAUGUUGAUGAAAAAUUAGCUGUAAAGGUCGAAAAACUUGGUAAAGAUUCUCUUAUAAACUGUGCCAAGACCAGCAUGUCCUCGAAGCUAAUAGGUGGUGAUAGCGACUUCUUUGCAAAUCUGGUUGUGGAAGCUGUACAAGCUGUAAAGAUGACAAAUGCAAGAGGUGAAGUUAGGUAUCCAAUCAAGGGAAUCAAUAUUCUUAAAGCCCAUGGGAAGAGUGCCAGAGAUAGCUAUCUCCUCAAAGGUUAUGCUCUAAACACGGGGCGUGCGGCACAGGGGAUGCCGUUGAGGGUUGCCCCUGCCAGAAUUGCUUGCCUCGAUUUUAACCUUCAGAAGACUAAAAUGCAAAUGGGCGUCCAAGUUUUAGUCAGUGACCCAAGGGAGCUGGAAAAGAUUCGGCAGAGAGAAGCUGACAUGACAAAAGAACGUAUUGAGAAGCUUCUUAAGGCAGGUGCGAAUGUUGUUUUGACCACAAAAGGAAUUGAUGAUAUGGCACUGAAGUACUUUGUGGAGGCUGGAGCCAUAGCUGUGAGACGUGUCCGCAAGGAGGACCUGCGCCAUGUUGCCAAGGCAACUGGUGCAACUGCGGUGUCAACAUUUGCAGAUAUGGAAGGGGAAGAAACAUUUGAUUCAUCACUUCUAGGAUAUGCUGAUGAAGUAGUGGAGGAACGUAUUGCUGAUGAUGAUGUUAUUAUGAUUAAAGGGACCAAAACCACAAGUGCGGUUUCUUUAAUACUUAGAGGUGCCAACGAUUUCAUGCUCGAUGAGAUGGACAGGGCUUUGCAUGAUGCACUAAGCAUCGUCAAGAGAACGUUGGAAUCUAAUACGGUUGUUGCUGGCGGAGGUGCUGUUGAGGCUGCCCUAUCUGUAUAUCUGGAGAAUUUGGCUACUACCUUAGGAUCCAGGGAACAGUUGGCUAUUGCUGAGUUUGCUGAAUCUUUAUUGAUUAUACCAAAGGUGCUUGCUGUCAAUGCUGCUAAAGAUGCAACUGAGUUGGUUGCCAAACUACGAGCUUACCACCACACUGCACAAACAAAGGCAGAUAAAAAGCAUUUAGCAAGCAUGGGUCUAGACUUGGUGAAGGGUACAGUUCGCAACAACUUGGAAGCAGGAGUCAUCGAACCUGCAAUGAGCAAAGUAAAGAUAAUUCAGUUUGCUACUGAAGCGGCUAUUACUAUUCUUCGGAUUGACGACAUGAUCAAACUUGUCAAAGAUGAAGGUCAAAAUGACGAGGAUUAGUUUGGUGGAGGGGUGGUGUUUGUAACGGAUAAUGAUGUUCCAUCAAGGAGUUUUCGGGGUUCUGGGGAAUUUAAUUAUUAUGUUUUGUCUGUACUUCAUUUUCUGAUUGUAUGGUUUGAAGCUCCCCUCCCGUUGGCUGGAGGAAAGUUUUGUUGCUUGUGGAAGAAAUUACGCAUAUUGAUCAGCGGGAAGGAAAAUGCGGUUGCCCGGGCAAACAAGCAUCAAUGAAUAUUCUAUUUGAAGAAAGCUGUAACCGGGUUUUUCUUGUUUUCUUCCCUUUUCCCCUAUUUUAUGUGUGCUUCCUUUGUAGUAGUCGCACUGUUUCUGUAAUUCUUAAAAUGGGUGAAAUUAUCUACUGGAGGAACCCUCGUUGGUGAAAAGUUUACCUUUAAGUUCAAUUAGUCAUAUGAAUCUGAUGUGGCCAAACCAGUUAAAACUAGUCUGCAAAUUGUUAUGCUGAACUCAGAGAGUGAUGUAUUUCUAGGAGAUGGAUAAAUUGUUAAGACAAUUCUGAGAUUAUAGUAAUUGAGUUAUUUUUGUUGGAGUGUUA